CUCUAAGCAAAGUUUAGUCUGUCGGAGAGGCGCAAAGAGGGUCUUGCUGCUAGACGCUCCUGCCACUUCUUGACUCCGUUUUUCUGGACUUUCCACUUAAUUCCCUUUUUUGUAGGAAUGUAUAAACCUAGUUAGUAUCCAACUUGCUGAUUGGAAACUUCUCUUUCUCUUUAUCAGUUGCAGGUCAGAUGAGAUAAAAUGCAGCACAUAGCCAUCUCUUUGUGCCUCUUGAUGACAUUGGCUGUACAUGGGCUGUCUGCACCACAAUGCUUUGAAAGUGCAGGAAGUACUGAAUGCCCCAUCAAUUUGUACUUUGUCAUUGACACCUCUGAGACUAUUGCUCUGCUGGAGCGCCCCCCCGGAAGACUGGUUAAUAUGAUCCAAGAAUUUGUGACAGAUUUCGUCAGAAAGCUCUCAGACGAAGAUUACAGGGGUUCGGUGCAGAUGACGUGGUCAGUGGGAGGUCUACAUUUCUCCGAGAAACAGGAGAUCAUCAGCGACAUCACCACCAAAGAAGAAUUCAUCUCGAGGCUUUCACGUAUCGACUACCUGGGGAAAGGCACCCACAUCGAUUGUGCCCUAGACAGAAUGACCAGCAUUAUGUCCAGCAAGAGGGCAAACAACACAGUACAGUUUGCUGUGGUCAUUACGGACGGGCACGUCACGGCCAACCCCUGUAACGGGAUCAAGGCGGCAGCUGAGCGUGCGAAGGACCAUAAGAUUCAGCUGUUUUCUGUAGCAGCCACGAAGAACGUGGAAGAGAAUGGAAUGAGGGAAAUCGCAAGCAGCCCCGUGGAGCUGUACCGUGACCGUUACGUGGCGGUCACUUCCGACGGCCGUAUUGCCACUCAAGUUAGUGACACCAUCAUCAAAAAAAUGAAACAUAAAGCCUUUGAGCAGUGCUACAAAUUAAGAUGCUUGGAGAAUGUGGGUCCUCCUGGUCCGAAAGGUCACAGAGGUCAAAAAGGAGCUAAAGGAACCACUGGUGACCCUGGUCCCAAGGGUGAUAAAGGUCGACAGGGUGACCCUGGUAUAGAAGGUCCUAUUGGAUACCCUGGACCAAAGGGUAGCACUGGUCCUAAAGGUGACAAGGGUGAAUUGGGAUUUCAAGGCAGUAAGGGUGUGGCUGGAGACUCAGGAUUGAAUGGAACUGAUGGACAAAAGGGUAAACCUGGGCGCAUUGGAGCUCCCGGUUGUAAAGGGGACCCAGGAGAACCGGGACCUCGAGGCUACUUUGGCGAUGUGGGUGCUGAUGGACCACCUGGAAGCGUCGGAGAAAAGGGAGACCGUGGCCGUCCUGGGCGAUCAGGACCUCCUGGUCCAGCAGGAGACCCUGGACAAAAGGCUGAGAGGGGAACUUCAGGACAACCUGGCCAACCUGGAGAUAAAGGAACUAAAGGAACACCUGGAGAUCCUGGACCUAAAGGAGAACCUGGUAGAAGGGGUAACUCAGGGCCUAAAGGGACACAAGGCCGUCCAGGUCCCAAAGGGGAAAAGGGUGAAGGGGGGCCCGAGGGGCCGAGAGGCCUUCAGGGUGAAACGGGAAACAAGGGAGCCAAGGGGGAUAAUGGGCUUCCAGGACCAAGAGGUCCCUCAGGGGAGCCAGGAGUAUCUGGGAGAAAUGGUUCCCGUGGAGAACAAGGUGACCCUGGACCUAGGGGAGAACCUGGCCUAGAAGGACCAAAGGGUGACUCCGGAAGACCUGGCUACAGUUAUCCUGGACCAAGGGGAACAUCGGGAGAUCGAGGGGAGAAGGGAAAGCCAGGACUCAGGGGAAGCCGUGGAGAAUGUGGUCAAAAGGGAGAACCUGGAGUGAAGGGACCACUUGGAGCACCGGGUGAGCCUGGUCCUAAUGGAGAACCUGGGCCAAGGGGACCUAGAGGUGAUCCUGGUGGCGAUGGAGAUCCUGGACCAGAUGGUGAACCGGGGCUUAAUGAAUGUGACGUCAUGUCCUACGUGAGAGAGACGUGUGGAUGCUGCGACUGCGAGAAGCACUGUGGGGCCGCGGACAUUGUCUUUGUGAUCGACAGCUCCGAAAGUGUGGGGCUGUCCAACUUCAACUUGGAGAAAAAAUUUGUCAUCAACACCCUUAGCAGACUGGGCUCCAUUGAAAAGGACCCCAGCUCCAGCAAGGGUGUCCGUGUGGGUGUGGUACAGUUCAGCCACAACGGUACCUUCCAGGCCAUCCGACUCGAUGAUGCGCGAGUCAACUCCUUGUCCGCAUUCAAAGAGGAAGUGAAGAAGCUAGAAUGGAUUGCCGGCGGUACCUGGACGGCAUCUGCUCUGAAGUUCGCCUAUGAGCAGCUGAUCCGAGGCAGCCGUCGCGCCAAGGCCAGAGUGAUGGCGGUGGUGAUCACAGACGGCCGCUAUGACCCCCGCGAUGAUGACAGCAAUCUACAGUACCUCUGCAAUGAUCCCCUCAUAGACGUCAACGCCAUUGGAAUCAGCGACACCUUUAAUCAGACGGAGGUGCCUGAGACGCUGGGCUCCAUCGCUUGCCACAGACCAAACCGGGUCAGCCGCUUGCACAACUUCACUGAGCUGUUGGCCGAAAGCUUCAUUGACCAGAUGGAGAACACGCUUUGUCCUGAUCCUCAAAUUGUGUGUCCUGACCUGCCAUGCAAAACAGAACCAUCUGUGGCCAUCUGCAUCCAGCGCCCCGUUGACCUCGUCUUCAUGCUGGAUGGCUCGGAGCGGAUGGACCAGGAGGACUUCCGGAAGGUGCGCGAGUUCUUGGAGAGUGUGGCACGCCGGCUAGUGCUGGCGCACGGUGACACGGAUGAGAUGCACGCCCGCCUGGCCCUGGUGCACUACGGCGAUGAUCGCACGCAACGUGCCGUCUUCCGGCUGAUGCGCGACGCCGACGAGAUCGCAGAUUCCCUCAGCCGCAUGACCUAUAUGGAUUCCUCCUCGAACGUAAGCGCCGCCAUCACAUACGCCAUCGACCACAUCAUCUCACACCAGCGGGUCCAGCAAGUUCGGCGCAAUGCCGAGCUCUCCUUCGUCUUCAUCACCGACGGCUACACAUCCACCGAGGGCCUGGACGAGGCUCUCAGCAGCAUGCGGAAGCAGGACGUAGUGCCCACCGUAGUGGCGCUCGGCAGUGAUGUGGACGAUGCCGUCCUACUGAAGCUCGCCUUGGGCGACAGGUCGGCCAUUUUCAGGGGCCACAACUACGCGGCACUCUCCAAGCCAAGCUUCUUCGAACGUUUCAUCCGAUGGGUAUGUUAGUGUGAAGGAGAGGGGGAGAAACCAGGGCAGGAAUUGCAAGAAGAAAGUUCUAGAAACAAAAAAUAUCCAGCCAAUGUUUUCUGAGCGUCAUAUCGUGAUAUGAUUAUGUUACAGUCAGUCACUUUUUUUAUCUUCAUGGGAUUAAUUAAAAAAAAAAUGUAUUUCCUUUAAGGUGCUAAAGUGCAAGAGGUGUGUGUAUGUAUCUUUUUGUUUUUUCUUUCCAGAUUUACACAUUUUUAAAUGUUCCAGUCUGGACCGGAAAGUCCGCUCUGGAUUUAGGUUUUUAUGCCAUCUUCAAGUUUCAGACCAGUGUAAUAAAAAUGGCAGCUUACUGCCAAAAUAGUCACGCAGUGUCUUUAAAUCUGUUCACUUACGUAGUGUAUUGCAUUUUCACAAGUGCUUAAAGGUAGAUUUUCCUGAGGAAAUGAAGAAAAUUCCAAAUAAGCCAAUGCAGGAAACGAUAUUCCCAAAGCUGCUGGGAAAAUAUGGCUGUACGGUAUAAAAUUUUUAAUUGUAAGGUACCUAUUACAGUCCGUUAGUCGUGGGUAGACUGGCUGGUGAUUAGUGGUUAUGAUGAAGUGGUCCGGAUGUUGUAGGCAAAGUCUGUUUGGUGGGAGGGUUUGGGCAGAGAGGACUGCAUCUGGCUCAGUUCAGUCAGUCACAAAUCAGCUUUAUUCUGAGAAAUCUGUACCCUGCACAUCCCAGAGAGCUGGCAGGGAAACCAUAACGCAGCAUAAAAACAGUCCUUUUAACUUUCAACGUUUGUUUGGGGCUAAAGUGAACAUAUCCAUACAAAAUUGUGAAAAUGGAGAAAGUCAAAAUGUAGAAACCGUACAGCAGACCUGAAAUCACUGCUGUCUGGAUUCAGGAUUUGAACAUUUAAAAGUGUAAAAUGUAUUCAUGCACUGAAAGGUACUAGUCACGAAAAAGGCAUGUUUCCUGCAGACACUUGUUUUAAUGUUUCGCAAAAUGUAAUGGAGUCUGGACAUCGGACGAACCGACACAAAACAACACGCAUGAGUAUUAUGUGCAAGGUGUUCUAAUAAUUCUCUUGGUCCCUGAAGGGAUCAAGUAAUUUUUUAACCUCAGGCUUCAGGUAUAUGUUCAAUAAAAACAAUGAUAUUAA